AUGGAAUUGGGAAAUUCCACCGUCAAAACCCCAGAACCCGAAUCCGAGACCCGGAACCCGGCUCGGACCCAGCCGCCCGCAAAGGCGACACCUCUCAGCAACGGUGUGCUCAAACGCCACGCGCCGCCGCACCACCACCACCACAUCCCGGUGGUCGUCACCUACAGGGAGUGCCUGAAGAACCACGCCGCCAGCCUCGGUGGCCACGCCGUCGACGGAUGCGGCGAGUUUAUGCCCUCUCCGGCGUCCGACCCCGCCGAGCCCGCCUCCCUCACGUGCGCCGCGUGUGGAUGCCACCGCAACUUCCACCGCCGCGAGCCCGACGAGCCUCCGCUUCCGCCGCCCUCCGCGGUUCCGGCCCUCGAGUACCAACCCCACCACCGCCACCACCCCCCUCCGCCGCGCUCGGACAGCGGCGGGAGCCCGAGCGAUUCGCCGUCCCCGCCGCCGAUCUCCUCGUCGUACUACCCGUCGGCGCCUCACAUGCUGCUGGCCCUCAGCCACGGCCUGUCGGCAUCCCCCACCACCGGAUCCGUCUUCGCGUCCCCUCACGUGCCGGGAUCCGGCAGCCGGAAACGCCACCGGACGAAGUUCACCCAGCUACAGAAGGAGAAAAUGCUAGAUUUUUCCGAAAAAGUCGGGUGGAAAAUGCAGAAGAGGGACGACGGCGCCAUUAACGAGCUCUGCAACGAAAUCGGAGUCGACAGAGGGGUUUUCAAAGUGUGGAUGCACAACAACAAGAACAAUUACGGUAAGAAGGACAGCGACCCACCGGCGGCAGCCCCCGUCGCCGCCACAAACGGCAACGGCGUGAGCCGCCACCACCACGACGUCAAACAGAAUGCUCAUCCCCACCAUCUCCACGGAAGUACAACUGCUCAAGCUCUUGGUACAAAUGGCUCUUCCUCCUCUUCUUGA